GGUCUGGCCCUUGGCUGUAGCUGCGAACCAGUAGCCGUUCUCGGAGAAGCUGAGAGCCUGGAUAGGGGCGCCCAGGCUGAAAGAAGCUGCCUGCUCAAGAGUGUUGGUCAUGAAGAGCUUGAUUUCGCCUGAUGUGGUACCGGCGGCAAAGAGGUGACCAUCAGGGUGGAAGGCACAAGAUGUAAGUGCUGGGAACACGUUAGCACAGAAUUAUCUUUGGGUGUACCAGGAGAAGCUUACCAGCAUCGGUGUAAGCGCGGGCAACACGUUUCUGUGCGACCAAGUCGUAGAACACGAUGCUCUUAUCUGUACCAACAGAGGCCAGAAUUUCACCGCUGGGGUGCAGGCUCAAUGCCGUAGCAGCACCAGCAUGUUCACUCAGUGAUGCAACCUGGUUACCCUCCUGGAAGACCUUGACACUGCCUUGGCCAGUCGCAAAAGCGACACCGGCCUCAGCCCAAACAGCGUCUGUAACAGGCUCACCCACUGAGAGAGACUGCUCGACCUUAUCCUCGGUGGUAGAGUAGACAACUGCCUGUCCCUUCAAGCCUCCAACUGCCGCGGCAUUGGUUCCUCCAACAGUAAGGGCGGUAGCCUCAGGAACAGGCAAGGAGUGUGUGGUCGCGCUCUCGAAAGCCGAAAUCUCUUCGCCGGUGGCCCAACCCUCGGGGACAGGACGCUUCUUGCGACCCUUUGAUAAUCUGCAUGCUCGUUAGUUCUGAAUCGUAUAGUUGAAGGACGGCAACAUACGUCUGAUGGGUCUCGUCCACCUUGGCAACAAGUUCCUCUGGCAACUUCUCCACGCUAUCGACCUGCAUAGAAUCACCAUCGACCGCACCUCCUGUCACAGUGACCUUGCUCAAAGCAUCCCUGGCCUCGUCUCGCUCCCUUCUCCUCUCUGGUGCGCGCAAGCUGCUCCUUAAGGUUAUAUGUCUCUAAAGCCAGCGCGUCCCAUUCGUUCUGGAAAGUAGCGAGGAGAGCGGGAAUCGAUGUGAGGGUAGGAGGACGCGGUCGGACAAUACGCGACGAAUGGAUGGGGAGGAGGUCAUCGGCGGUCAGGGCCUCGCCAGAAUCGGGCUCGGUGCCAUGUUCGUUGAUAUAUUGAUCGAUAAGGCGCUUCUCGUAAACAACACCUUUGCUGAGUUAGCCGCGAAAGCUGCGCGUUGAUGAUGUUGAUAGUACAUACCGGACUUCUUAGAAACGACGGGCUCUUGAGGAGCCUCUCCAGAAACUGUCAGGAGGUCAGCGAACCGUUAUUUAUCGAUGGCAAAACUGGAAAACUUACUUCCGCAAAGCAUGGCGACUACAAAUUUGAGCUCGUGGAGCUUUCAAUUGCUUGUCGUCAGGUAUAGCGCAAAUCAACGUCUCGAAGCUCUGUUGCGACAACAAUUGCCUAGUCGAGAUUUUGCCAGUGCACUGACCAGAGCUUUGAAUCACGGGAUGAUAAGAUAAGGUGGACUGUAUCUUAUCGUGCAUCAUCUUGAUGCAUGACUCGAGGCGGGGGGCACCGGUAAUAGCGAGUUCGCAUGUCUCCGUGAUCCGAUAAUUGAUGUGACUGCUUGUCGAUAACAGCUACUGAGUGAAAUAGUUAUUUUCUGCUGUCUUGGUGAAUGUCGAGCAUAGAUUGAAUACGUACUGUGACAAUUGGCUACGAAUAUCACCAACAUCAACCUCCAUCAUGGCCCUACCUCAACCUCAAGAUCUUCGUGUAGCAGCUGAAGCCGAGCAAAUCAAGACUUUGGAUCUGCUAUUCGAGCCCAGUCCAGCAAUCCAUUCCACUCUCCUCUCCAUUGUGCGAGAUGCAGAGUAUACAUCAUACCCGGAGUUAAUUGAGGCCUGCAGGACUCGCCUCGCCUCGCUCGCCUCCUCGAACUCAUCAGCCAAUCCAGAUGAGACUCUUCUCUCAAUACUCGGAUCACAUCCCCGUUUAGGAGCCAAGAAAGUUGACUCAGCACAGUCAGCUGCAGAGCAGGCCAACCUGCAAGGCCAAGGCGAAGAAUUGGCAAAGCUGAACAAGGAGUAUGAGGAAAAGUUUCCCGGAUUACGAUAUGUCGUUUUUGUGAACGGACGGGGAAGGCCUGAGAUCAUGGAGAACAUGAAGGCUAGAAUUUCGAGAGGCGACUUUUCGAAAGAGGUUGAUGAAGCGUUACAGGCAAUGUGCGAUAUUGCAACCGACAGAGCCUCUAAACUUGGUGUAAAGCCAUAAACAUAAUCACGUAUCAAUGACAAUCUGUUACCUGUUGCUUGAGCUGUGGUGUAUCUAAGCCUCUCUAUCUGGCCGAAUAAUAAUACAAACCAGUAUAGCCUAUUUUUGUUCCAGUCCUUGCGGCUGGAUAAUGCUUCAAUAUCGCCAUAUUGAACAUGAAUAAGAACAUAUUGCCACCCAAUGCUAGAAGUAUACUUUACAUAAUUCCUUUAAAUGCUCACCGAGAUGCCCAGAGACGCCACUAUAUAUUUGCCUAACUAUCUUGACAUCCAGCAGAUGCCGUCGAGUUCAUCCAAAUACUCCUCAUACGAUCUGUCUUCUUCGCCAUUGUUGCCAUCAUCGCUCUGUCCAAAUAAAACGCUGAAGUCAGAAUAUACACUAUCUUGAUCAUCGCCCACAUCAUCCCAGUCGUCAUCUGCAGGAUGCAUGUAUGCAAAACUAUCCUCUUCGAGAUCGUCCAGCGGAGGUAAAGGCGCCGUAGGCCGUAACUCUGGCGAUCGGAUGGGGAAGAGUCGAGGUGAUGUACGCUUCUUAGUUGCAGCGACAUCACUAACGGGUAGAGGAAGGGCCACAGGAUUAGAUAGUCGGCAUGAUGGGGGUUUCGGAUGUUGAAAUGCCUUUUGAGGUGGGUAGCUUGGCUGAGGUCUUGCCGACGAUACCAUCAUGCCUGAAGGUCCAAUAACUCCCGUGCCAGUUGGUGAGAUCCUCAGAGAUUUGCCCGCUGAAGAAUCCUGCAGCAUCGGAGGUCGCCAAUUCGUCUUGCCGGCAGCUUUCAAUGUGAUAGUUGCAAUUUCCUGCUCAUAUUUCUUGUUACCUGCAGCCUGCCCGAGACUCAACCUCUUCCUCAGACAAUUCAUAGUCGAGAAGCGGAGAAAUGAAGUUGCGUGAAGAUGUGCGAUCCUUCGGGUCAUAUCAACUGAAGUAGCCAUCUUCAAGAAGCGCUUGUCGCCAGCCUCUUGACCUUCUCGAUUAAGAAUGUGAGUGGCAGGUUGAGAAUAAGGCUGAGAAAGACGACUCGUGAUAAGUUCGGCACGAAGUCGACGUUUCUUGACACACAGGUCGGCUGUGUUGAAGCCAUCGACAUCGGACUUGCAGCGCUUUCUCUUGAUACCGCGAGAUCCCGUUGAUGCUGGUUCAGGCCGUAUGUCUAAAGGGCUGGAUUUGUUUCUUGCAUCCUCUGUUGACGGAAAAGAGAAUCCCUGGCCUUCGGGUCGGGACCUCGGGAUUAACGUUUCUUUUGCAUUUGGCUUCCGAUGGCCUUCAGUACUUUCUGCUUUCCGAACAGUACGGUACUUCGAAUCUCCCAUCAAUGCUUCGAACAAAGGGUCUGAGCCGGAACAUCUUGGGACUUGAGUCAAGUCAUCCGAAGCGAGAUCCAGUGGAGAGAUGGGGAGGUCAUCGUGGCAGCCGCCUGCGGAAUGGCAGCGCCAGGGCUCAAGCAGAUUGAUUGAGCUCUGUCCAUUAGCCUCUACCUCCAUUACGACAGCUUGCGCUUCGUCUGAGGGGUGCUGUCAGAGCUGCCUGGUCCGAUCCAUCCGUUUUAACCAGUGUGAAACAAGAUGAGAGGAUGUGCUGGCCAGGUAUUAGAAAAGCCGAGGAAGAGAGGUCUGGCUUUUCAGUGCCGAAGAGUUUCAGCUGAGAAUGAUUCGACUUGGAGAUAUAAUCACAAGUUGUAUCUGGUGAUGCGUGAAGAGCUCGGUAUUUGAAAUGUCUCCGGCUAUGACUUGAACCAAAUUGACGCAACUCUUUUGACCUCAAUGUUGCAGCAGAGUCGAGUCAGGACAGUUCCAUGCACCUAAUAUGCCUCUCCCAAGCCUCUCAGGCCGUCAAGAGUUGUCUACUCAAGAGUGUAGACGUUCAAUGCUGGUGGAUAACUGGCGUGAUUGUCGACAAGCGAAAGUGGGGAACUGAGCUGAGGCCAAAGUUAGGCGGGAUCGGAAUAAGGGGAGCAACAAUAAAUGGUAUAUCCGACUCAGGAUAGUCAGAUAGAGAGAUAAAGAGAUAGAUAGACAAGACGAGAUAUUGAUAAGAGUAAAAUAGUUGGGAUGAGAUUGGAAAUGGCGACUGGCAACUGAUGAUGGAGAAAAUCAAAGACUGAAGAGGGGAAAGGUCGUCUUGGACAAGGAGCACCAAGACAGACCAGGACCAAGCUACAGCAGCUAGUCUCCUGCAAGUGCAAGCAAUAGGAACAAGGAUCACGCCGAACCAAUUCGAUGGGAAAUCCGGGGCCGACACGAGCGAGCGAGUUGAGAUGCUGACUGUGACAUUCGGAUUGCUUUUUCUGGCCAAGGCGCAACAACCAUGACCUGGGGUCUACAGGGGGUUUCCUAAUACAUCAGCAUGCCUGUCUAUCCUAUUCGUAGACCGAAGCCAGAGACAGAGUUUUGGGACGGUCACCUCCUAGAAGUCGCAGCUAGAAAACUAGCCGAGCAACAGUAUGUCCUAUACUGUAGUCCCUCAAGGUAACAUGCCCAAGAAAAACCCCAAGAAACAAGUCCGGGGUAAGCCAGCCGGGGCAAAAGGCAUGGUCGCACAGCAUCUCCCAUAGGCCGGGGGCGUUGGUCAGGCGGGUGAAUCAAGCGUUCUAGGAUACAGGGAUCAACAAGAUGAACUUGCUUUUUCGUUGGCUGAGACCAGAUGGUCGGGCAGAAAGGGGUGGAUGGAAAAUCAAUCAGCAGGGAUCACAAGGGAGGAAACCCGAGAGGUUUUGGUC